UGUGUGCGCAAGAAGGGAAUUACAAACGUUUGCAAAGGGAAAACAGCCGCCGCGAGAGGAUGCAACGCGGGGCUGGAGCGCCCGAGCAGCAGUGCUGAGCAGCUCCAGCGUUGCUGCUGGGGCUUUGUGUGUGCCCUGGAUUUUGGGGGAAGGAGCCUGUAGCAGCAGCAGCAGCAGCCCUGAGAACGAGAGAGAGAGGAGGAGGGAGAAGCCUCUUCAUUCAUUUUUAUUCCGCAUUUUUACCCAUUUUCAGCCUCCAGCAACCUGGACUUUGGGGGAUAUUUCAACUGCGUCGCAUCUUUCCGCCGGGGAGACUUCACAGCAUCUGGAACCUUUUUCUCUAUUUUUUGCUGGGGUGUUUUUUUUUGGCUGGUAAAGAUUGACUUGGGUUUUUUUUUCUUUCUUUGCAGUUUUUUCCUCCAGCUGCCUUUCUGUGUGUUUGAAAAUGGAGGUUGAAGAUGCAGACUGCCAGCCUCAGUGUGCUUCGUGUUUGCUACUUCUGUGUCCAUUGUAUCGCUGCAGCCAGCGCUGAGAGAGGAUUCUUUACCUUUCCUACACCAAACAGCACAAACACCUUGAUUUUCGAAGCGUCAUAAUAGUGUUGGUAGGGUUUUUGUUUGUGUGUCAGCAUCAACAGCAACAGCAACGACAACAAACCGAGGGAAGGAAUAAAAUAUUAACUAGGUUUUUUUUUUCCUUUUGAAUCCUAAGGAUCUUUCACUUGGAUUAUUUUCCUCUCCCUGAUUCUGGACCGUGUUGGGGGGGGUGUGAGUUUUGGACUUUUUUUUUUUUUAAAGGAAUUUCGUCUUAAGUAAAAGGAAUGAAGUCUGGUGCCGGAAGAGGGUCCCUGACCUUACUUUGGGGGGUUCUUUUUGCCACACUUUGCCUUUGGCCAACAAAUGGAGAAAUCUGUGGGCCGAGCAUUGACAUUCGCAAUGACAUCCAUGAGCUGAAGCGCCUGGAAAACUGCACAGUGAUUGAGGGCUACCUCCAAAUUCUGCUCAUUUCCAAAGCAGAAGAUUACCGCAACUUCCGUUUUCCAAAGCUCACGGUUAUCACCGACUACUUGCUGCUUUUUCGCGUGGCGGGUUUGGAGAGCCUCAGUGACCUCUUCCCUAACCUCACAGUCAUUCGGGGGAGGAACCUCUUCUACAACUAUGCUCUGGUGAUCUUUGAGAUGACUAACCUCAAGGAGAUCGGAUUGUACAACCUGAGAAACAUCACCCGGGGGGCCAUUCGGAUUGAGAAGAACUCAGACCUCUGUUACCUCUCCACCGUGGACUGGUCGUUGAUACUGGAUGCUGUGUCUAACAACUACAUAGUUGGGAAUAAGCCUCCGAAGGAGUGUGGGGACUUAUGUCCAGGGACCAUGGAGGAAAAUCCAAUGUGUGAGAAGACCACCAUUAACAACGAGUAUAAUUUCCGCUGCUGGACCACAAACCACUGCCAGAAAAUGUGUCCUAGUGUGUGUGGGAAGCGAGCCUGCACGGAUCAGAAUGAGUGCUGCCACCCUGAAUGCUUGGGGAGCUGCAGUGCACCAGACAACAGUACCGCCUGUGUGGCAUGUCGUCAUUACUACUAUGAAGGAACUUGUGUGCCCACCUGCCCUCCAAAUACCUACAAGUUUGAGGGCUGGCGCUGUGUCAACAGAGACUUCUGCUCCAAAGUGCCAGGUCCCGACAUCAACGAGUUUGAAAAGUUUGUGAUCCACAAUGAUGAAUGCAUGCAGGAGUGUCCCUCCGGAUUCAUACGAAAUGGGAGCCAAAGCAUGUUCUGCAGCCCGUGUGAAGGCCCUUGCCCCAAAAUCUGUGAAGAGGAGAAGAAAACCAAGACCAUUGAUUCUGUAACAUCAGCACAAAUGCUGCAAGGGUGCACAGUCUUCAAGGGAAAUUUACUCAUUAACAUUCGGAGGGGCAAUAAUAUAGCUUCAGAGCUGGAGAAUUUUAUGGGCCUAAUUGAAACAGUAACAGGAUAUGUGAAGAUUCGUCAUUCUCAUGCCUUAGUCUCCCUGUCUUUUUUAAAGAGUCUGCGAUACAUCCUUGGAGAGGAGCAACUGGAAGGGAAUUACUCUUUCUACGUCCUUGAUAACCAGAAUUUGCAGCAGCUCUGGGACUGGAACCAUCGUAACCUGACCAUCAGAGAGGGAAAAAUGUACUUUGCCUUUAAUCCCAAGCUGUGUGUUUCUGAAAUUUAUCGAAUGGAGGAAGUGUCAGGAACUAAAGGGCGUCAGAGCAAAGGGGACAUAAAUACUAGGAACAAUGGAGAAAGAGCUUCUUGUGAAAGUGACAUUUUACAUUUCAUCUCCAACACUACAAUGAAGAACCGGAUUAAGCUAACAUGGCAGCGAUACCGUCCUCCUGAUUACAGAGAUCUUAUUAGCUUCACUGUUUACUACAAAGAGGCACCUUUCAAAAAUGUCACUGAGUAUGAUGGGCAAGAUGCAUGUGGCUCUAACAGCUGGAAUAUGGUGGAUGUGGACCUUCCCCACAAUAAGGAACUCAAGCCUGGAAUCCUCCUUCAGGGACUGAAACCUUGGACGCAGUAUGCAAUUUAUGUCAAAGCGGUUACCCUCACAAUGGCAGAGAAUGACCACAUCCGUGGAGCAAAAAGUGAAAUCGUCUAUAUUCGUACCAAUGCCUCAGUGCCCUCUAUACCCCUAGAUGUUAUUUCAGCAUCCAACUCAUCCUCUCAGCUCAUUGUGAAAUGGAAUCCUCCUUCUCUUCCAAAUGGUAACCUGUCCUACUACAUAGUAAGAUGGCAGCGACAGCCUCAGGAUAGUUACCUUUACCGACACAAUUACUGCUCCAAAGACAAAAUUCCUAUGCGAAAGUACGCUGAUGGCACCAUUGAUGUUGAAGAGGUUACUGAAAACCCCAAAACUGAAGUCUGUGGUGGAGAGAAAGGGCCUUGUUGUGCUUGUCCUAAAACUGAGGCUGAGAAACAAGCAGAGAAGGAGGAGGCUGAAUACCGGAAAGUCUUUGAGAACUUCCUCCACAACUCCAUCUUUGUACCGAGACCUCCAGAACGAAAGCGGAGAGACGUCUUUCAGAUUGCAAAUGCCACUCUUCCCAGUAGGAACAGAAACGCCACAGCAGUAGAUCAUUUCACAAAUGUAUCGGACACGGAGGAGAGUGAGUCAGAGUACCCAUUCUAUGAGAGCAAAGUGGACAAUAGAGAGAGGACUUUGAUCUCCCACCUGAGGCCUUUCACUUUAUACCGCAUCGACAUCCAUAGCUGCAACCACGAAGCUGAGAGUUUGGGCUGCAGUGCUUCCAACUUUGUCUUUGCAAGAACCAUGCCUGCAGAAGGAGCAGAUAACAUUCCAGGGCCGGUAACUUGGGAAGGCAGGAAGGAAGAUAAUACCAUUUACUUGAAAUGGAUGGAACCCGAAAACCCUAAUGGCCUUAUUCUAAUGUAUGAAAUAAAAUAUGGACAACAUAUGGAGGAACAUAGGGAAUGUAUUUCCAGACAAGAAUAUCGAAAAUUUGGAGGGGCCAGGCUUACCCGAUUGCCCCCUGGAAACUAUUCUGCCCGUGUUCAAGCCACCUCUCUUUCUGGAAAUGGAUCUUGGACAGAGCCGGUGUCCUUCUAUGUGCAGGCCAAAGGACCAGACUAUGAAAAUUUCCUCCAUUUGAUGAUUGCUCUCCCCAUUGCAGUAUUGCUGAUUGUUGGAGGGUUGCUUAUAAUGCUGUAUGUUUUUAACAAAAAAAGAAACAGUGACAGACUAGGCAAUGGUGUAUUGUAUGCAUCUGUAAAUCCAGAGUACUUCAGUGCUGCUGAUGUGUAUGUUCCAGAUGAGUGGGAAGUCCCUCGAGAGAAGAUCACCAUGUGUCGAGAACUAGGACAGGGUUCAUUUGGGAUGGUGUAUGAAGGAAUUGCUAAGGGUGUGGUGAAGGAUGAACCUGAAACUCGAGUGGCCAUCAAAACAGUCAAUGAGUCUGCCAGUAUGAGGGAAAGAAUUGAAUUUCUCAAUGAGGCUUCAGUGAUGAAGGAGUUCAAUUGUCACCAUGUGGUACGGUUGCUUGGAGUUGUGUCCCAAGGUCAACCCACAUUGGUUAUUAUGGAAUUGAUGACACGUGGAGAUCUCAAAAGCUAUCUCAGAUCUCUGAGGCCGGAUACUGAGAAUAAUCCGGGCCAGGCCCCUCCGACCUUAAAGAAGAUGAUUCAGAUGGCUGGAGAGAUUGCCGAUGGUAUGGCCUACCUCAAUGCCAAUAAGUUUGUCCACCGAGAUCUUGCCGCAAGGAAUUGCAUGGUGGCUGAAGAUUUCACAGUCAAAAUUGGAGAUUUUGGCAUGACAAGAGACAUCUAUGAGACAGAUUACUACCGAAAGGGAGGUAAAGGCUUGCUGCCCGUCCGCUGGAUGUCCCCUGAAUCCCUUAAGGAUGGAGUCUUCACAACCCACUCUGAUGUCUGGUCAUUUGGAGUUGUCCUAUGGGAGAUUGCGACACUAGCAGAGCAGCCGUAUCAGGGCAUGUCUAAUGAACAAGUUCUUCGCUUUGUAAUGGAGGGUGGCCUUCUGGAGAAACCAGACAAUUGCCCCGAUAUGUUGUUUGAAUUGAUGCGCAUGUGCUGGCAGUACAACCCCAAAAUGCGUCCUUCUUUCCUGGAGAUCAUUGGCAGCAUCAAAGAUGAGCUGGAUCCAGCCUUCAAGGAGGUAUCCUUCUUCUAUAGCGAAGAGAACAAGCCUCCAGACACAGAAGAGCUUGACCUGGAGACUGAGAACAUGGAGAGCAUUCCCUUAGACCCUUCCUCCACCCUUCAGCCCUCCGAGAAACACUCAGGACACAAAGCCGAGAAUGGGCCCGGGGUGGUGGUCCUCCGGGCCAGUUUUGAUGAGAGGCAGCCCUACGCGCACAUGAAUGGAGGACGCAAAAACGAAAGGGCCUUACCUUUGCCCCAGUCUUCGGCCUGCUGAUCCUAAGCACCAGAAUCCCAUGCAAACAGUCUCUUUCUCUCCCUCUCUCUCUCCCUCCCUCCUUAUAUCUCUUUCUCUCUCCUUGUCUGUCUCUCUCUC